AUGUGGCUCAAAAGUCAUCUAUUUAUCUUCUAUUGCAUUGCAAGUGAAGUUUGGAUGGCAAAGCAGCUUGACUCUAGAAGAAAUUUCCCCCGAGGACUUUACUCUGUUGAAGACAGUGGAUCUGCAAAGUGGAACAGGCUAAAAAGGAGUCUGUAUCAGGGAAGGUCCUGCAGGGUACGAGGCUGUUGCACAGGAAGAGAUGAUGACUGCACCUUUAACAUUGCCUCCAAAGCAGCUAUAUGUUACUGUGACCAGUUCUGUGCCUCAGGUUCUCCUGGCCCUGUAGAUUGUUGUGGUGAUUACUGGGAUGUCUGUGUCCACCCUGUUGAGCCUACCAGGUCAGAUGAGCCUUGGCCACCUCCAGCAUCAGGUUGUUAUAAAGAUGGCCGAUAUUAUGGAGAAGGAACAAUCAUUAAAGACAACUGCAAUUCCUGCAAAUGCUUCCAAAGUCUCUGGAAGUGUUCAAAAGAAGUAUGUAUUGUUCGCCAAGACUUGAUUAAUCACAUCAAUUCUGGAGAUUAUGGAUGGAAAGCUGACAACUACAGUCAGUUCUGGGGAAUGACGGUGGAAGAAGGUUUCAAAAAACGCCUGGGCACCUUCCCUCCAUCUCAUUCCUUGCUGAACAUGAAAGAAGCUCCAGGAAACCCACUUCCAGAAGAAUACUUUCCUGCAUUUUUUGCAGCCACUUAUGCAUGGCCUGACUGGAUUCAUGAUCCUCUGGAUCAACGGAACUGUGGAGCAUCCUGGGCUUUUUCAACUGCAAGUGUUGCGGCAGACAGGAUAGCGAUUCAUUCCCAGGGUGAAGUCACAGACAACCUUUCUGCUCAGAAUUUGAUCUCUUGUGAUAUCAGGAAUCAACAUGGCUGCAACGGUGGAAGUAUUGAUGGUGCUUGGAGAUAUCUGAAAACACAUGGGGUUGUAUCUUAUGCUUGUUAUCCAUCAUUUUGGAAUGAUCACCUGAAGCCAUCAGGUCAAAAUCGCUGUUAUGUGUCAAGUGACUAUGGGAGAAACUAUACAAAUGGGCCGUGUCCCAAUGCGUUAGAACGAUCCAAUCGGUUAUACCGCUGUGCUCCUCACUACAGGGUCUCCUCAAAAGAAACCAAUAUAAUGAAAGAAAUCAUGGACAAAGGACCAGUGCAAGCUAUAAUGAGAGUGUAUGGAGAUUUUUUCCUUUACAAAGAGGGAAUCUACAGACACUCCCAGAAAGCAGGAUCUAGAUGGAAAACUCAUUCGGUCAAACUCAUUGGGUGGGGAGAAUUACCUGACAAAAAUGGACGUAAACAGAAGUUCUGGGUUGCUGCAAAUUCCUGGGGAAAAUCUUGGGGAGAAAAUGGUUAUUUUAAGAUUCUACGUGGACAAAACGAGUGUGAUAUUGAGAAAUUGAUUUUAGCUACUUUGGGAUAGCCAUACUCUUCUACUUUAGUUGUACUGUACUCUGCUUUAUGUAUCUAUUCUUUUUAUUGCUGCAUAUUGAGUUCUGGAGAAAUAAAAA